GUCAAAGUGCUGAAAAAACGACAACAUCACCGGAUUUCGUCUUUUUCGUUUGUUUUUGAGGGAUUUUGAGGCAAUUUAUCAGGCAAUUUGUGUGAAAAAAUGUCCAAAAAACUGAUCCGUGUGCUCAUAAUAGCAUUCAUCCUUGUGAUAUUUUGGCUUAUCUUCCAAUAUAUGCAAGAAAAGCAAUUCGAGGAGGAACAAUUGGAUUUCAAGCCGGCGGGAGCUCCCGUUGUCGUUACUGUCUUCUACGAAGUCCUUUGCCCGGAUUCCAAGAACUUUGUUGUGAAGCAAUUGUCGACGGCAUACAAGAAACUACCUCAUUUAGUCGAUAUCGCCUACGUUCCUUAUGGCAAAGCCAUCACGCGUGUUACCAAAGACGGAAGUCUCGAGUUUGAUUGUCAACAUGGGCCCAUCGAGUGCGAAGGAAACAUCGUUCAUGCUUGCACCGUUGAUGUCAUUGCCGAUCCAACGAUGCGUAUAAAUCUCGUCGCUUGCAUGAUCGCGGAUAAUAUGCUGCCCAAAGACUCAUUCCAUCGAUGCGCCAAAGAAUUUGGCGUUCACGAAACAGAAAGCACAAAAAUUAUCGCGUGUUCAGAGUCGCCGCAUGGCAAGGAGCUGCUCAAAGUGUAUGGCGAACAAACAGCAGCGCUCAGACCAAAAAUCAGCUUCAUUCCAACUGUGUUGCUGGAUGGCUCGCAACGAAGUCAAGCAGCGAUUUUGAAGAAUUUGAAACAGGAAAUUUGCGAAGUGUUGACGAAUAGAGGGACACCGCCCGAAGUUUGCACUUGAUAUAAUCCGUUUGAGGGAUUGUUCGAUGCAUGGGAUAGUUUCAAAUCGCACUUUAAGCUAAGGAAAUUCUCUUAAUUUUUUCUCUGAGAUUCAAGACUGUGUAAAUAUGGACUUGUUUUCUUAUUAAGUAAGUCGAUGCAAUAAUUGAAAAUGUUUUGAAUUUCGAAAAAUUGAGAGAAAAAGUCAUUUCGAGAUCGAAAAAUUUCAUUUCCAGAUUAAAAAAUUUACUUAAAAAGCUAAAAAUUCAUUGUAUGAACUAAAAAAUUCAUUUUGUGAUCUACAAAUUUUAUUUCGAGAUAGAAAAAGUUCAUUUCAAGAGCUAUAAAUUCACUUCAUGAACUAAAAAAUUCAUUUCGAGAUCUAAAAAUUUUUUUCGAGAUAGAAAAAGUUCAUUUCAAAAGCUAUAAAUUCACUUCAUGAACUAAAAAAUUCAUUUCGAGAUCUAAAAAUUUUUUUCGAGAUAGAAAAAGUUCAUUUUAAGAGCUAAAAAUUCACUUCAUGAACUAAAAAAUUCAUUUCGAGAUCUAAAAAUUUUUUUCGAGAUAGAAAAAGUUCAUUUUAAGAGCUAAAAAUUCACUUCAUGAACUAAAA